AUGGGGUCCCAUAACCUGAGCUUUCCUACUCCCCCCCUUCCCUUUCUUUCUCUCUUUCCCACACUUUCUCCCUCCACCUUGACACAAGAAGAGACCUGCUCCCCAGUUUCUUCCCCCACAUUGUCUGCCGUCCUGGCUCCUAUUCUGAGCAUGGAGUUUGUCCUCGGUCUGGUGGGGAACAGCUUGGCAUUCAUCAUCUUCUGCUUUCACACGCGGCCCUGGACGUCCAACACCGUGUUGCUGGUCUGCCUAGUCAUCGCUGACUUUUUCCUGAUCAUCAACCUGCCCCUUCGCGUGGAUUACUAUUUGUUCCAAGAGACAUGGCGCUUUGGGGUCAUUGCCUGUCAAAUCAACCUCUUUAUGAUAUCUGCCAACCGCACGGCCAGCGUCGUCUUCCUCACAGCCAUCGCGGUGAACCGCUACCUGAAGGUCGUGCGUCCCCAUCAUGUUCUGAGCCAGGCCUCCGUGGGGGCGACUGCCUGGGUGGCUGGGGGACUCUGGGUGGGCAUCCUGCUCCUCAAUGUGCACAUGCUCCUAGACACGAGUUCCAGCAAGACUUGCCUUAGCUACCAGCUGGGCACUAACUCCUCAGCCUCACACCGCUGGCACGAGGUCCUGUUAAUGCUGGAGUUCUUCCUGACGCUGGCACUCAUCCUCUUCGCGAUCGUGAGCAUCUGGAAGACCAUUCAGCAACGCGGCCUGAGUGGGCAGGCGGGCCCACGGAGAGCCAUGCACGUGCUGGCCAUGGUGGUGGUGGUCUACACCAUCUGCUUCCUGCCCUGCAUCCUCCUUGGCAUUGUAACCGUAGCGGCCUUUGAAUUGCGUGCCUGCCAUACCUUCAACACCUGCUCACAGCUCUUCCAUGGCUCCCUGGCCUUCACCUACCUCAACAGUGCCCUGGACCCUGUGCUCUACUGCUUCUCCAGCCCCAACUUUCUCCGCCAGGUCCGUGCCCUACUGGGAUUCACCAACAGCUGGCAGGGCUCCUCCAGUGAGGACAACUGCGUGCUUCCCUCCCGGCGCAUGGAAGCUCCCAGGAAGGUGGAGGUCACAAUGAAGGUGAAGGAUUUGACGUCUGCUGCUGGGGCACAGUGA